AUGGGGCCUCAGAGCUGGAUUCCCGGGUCUGGUUCGUCCAUGGACCAAGUGUCUAAUGGGACCCGCCGGUACGAGGGCGGAAGCAGACCACAAGAAGCCCAUACCGGAAACGAAACCCGCAACGACGACGACGACACCGGCUACGAUAACGCCCGCUGCGGAGGCGUCAACAAGGCCAAGGCUGCGGCCGUGUCUUCUACAACGGCGCCUGCGGGACCGACGGACGGCGGGUCGCUCAACCGAGAGGCGCAAGUCUUGAUCUUCUACUCCUCCAUCACCACCAACACGGGGCGCAUCGCCAACGAGUUCAAGGCCAAUUUGGACGCAGCCAUCAAGGCGUUGCCUGACCUCCCUGAUUCCAAGUUUCUCGACGCCGAAGUGCUCGACCUUGCCGAGAUCGACUUUGAUGACUACUUUAUCGCGCCUCCCGCCUCCAAGAAGGGAGUGGACCUCUUCUACAUGAUCUUGCUGCCUAGCUACAACAUCGACACCAUCAACGAUACCUUCCUCGAGCACCUUAAGGAAACUCACUACGACUUCAGGAUAGACACGGGCUCCCUCUCCGCCCUUUUGGGCUACUCGGUCUUUGGGUUUGGUGACAGGGAGGGCUGGCCCGACGAGAACGAGGGCUACUGCUUCCAAGCCAAGGAGGUGGACAAGUGGAUGGCCAGGCUGACCGGUCGCAAGAGGGCAUACCCUGUCGGCAUGGGUGACAUCAAGAUUGACUACCGGGAGCGCAUGGCCGAGUGGACAAGCGGCGUCACCGAGAUUCUCGGCCAGGUUGCGAGGACGGGCAACCUCGGCGAGGGCCUACCUGGUAGCGGCAGCGCCGUCGAGAGUGACGACGAGUCGGGCAGCGACGUUGACGAGGAAUACGAUGACGGCGAGACCCUUGUCGACUCUGGGUCGGGAAGCGCAUCUGGCGAUCUAGGCGACGUCGAGGACCUUGGUAAGAUUGUCGAGGGCAUCCCCAAGGAGGCCAAGGAAGCGGCGGCGGCGGAGGCGCCACUCGCCGUCGACUUUACCAACUACGGCAAGUCCGUCGUGCCCCUCCGCAAGAGGGCGGCCGCGCAGGCGGUGCCCAAAGAAAUGGUGCCCAAGAACUCGCCCACGUACGCCUCCCUGACGAAGCAAGGAUAUGCCAUUGUCGGGUCCCACUCGGGUGUCAAGAUUUGCCGGUGGACCAAGUCGGCCCUGCGUGGCCGCGGGUCCUGCUACAAAUAUUCCUUUUACGGCAUCAAUUCGCACCAGUGCAUGGAGUCGACGCCGUCGCUGUCGUGCUCUAACAAGUGCGUGUUUUGCUGGCGGCACGGCACGAACCCGGUGGGCACGACGUGGCGCUGGGUCGUGGACCCGCCGGACCUCAUCUUCAACGGCAUCAAGGCCAACCACUACCAAAAGAUCAAGGUGCUCCGCGGCAUGGCGGGCGUGCGUGCGGAGCGGUACGCCGAGGCCAUGCGCAUCCGCCACUGCGCCCUCUCGCUGGUCGGCGAGCCCAUCUUUUACCCGCACAUUAACGAGUUUCUCGCCCUCUUGCACGGCGACCGCAUCUCGUCCUUCCUUGUGUGCAACGCCCAGCACCCGGACCAGCUCGCGGCCCUCAAGGCCGUGACGCAGCUCUACGUGUCCAUCGACGCGUCCAACAAGGAAUCGCUGCGGCGCAUCGACCGGCCCCUCCACCGCGACUUUUGGGAGCGCUUCCAACGCUGCCUCGACAUACUGCGCGAGAAGCGGUUCAAGCACCGCACCGUCUUCCGCCUCACCCUCGUCAAGGGCUUCAACAUUGACGACGAGGUCGAGGGCUACGCCGACCUCGUCGAGCGCGGCCUCCCCUGCUUCGUCGAGAUCAAGGGCUUUGUCCGCGCCCUCGAGCGUCGCCUCGGCGAGCGCGGCCUCGGCUACGGCAUCGCCGCCGAGCACGCCCACAGCUGCUGCGUCCUCAUUGCCAGCGACCGCUUCCGCGUCGACGGCAAGUGGCAUACCAAGAUUGACUACGAGCGCUUCUUCCAGCUCCUCGAGGAGAGGGGCGCCGACGGCGACUGGACUCCCGAGGAGUACAUGGGCGAGGAGACGCCCGAGUGGGCGACUUGGGGCAAUGGCGGGUUCGAUCCUAGGGACGAGAGGGUGGAUAGGAAAGGUCGCAAGAUAGAAAUCUAG